GGCUGGAAACUAUGAUACUUGUUUACAACACCUAAAUACCCUUCAAGAUAUUAACAAAGAUGACUACAAAAUAACUUUGAAUACUGCUGUUGCUGAGUUCUGUAAAAGUAACCAGACUACAACAGACAGUUUGAGGCAAACCCUUAACCAGCUGAAGAACCAGGUUCACUCAGCCGUUGAAGAAAUGGAUGGUUUAGAUGAUGUUGAAAAUAGUAUGCUGUACUACAAUCAAGCUGUUAUUUUGUAUCAUCUGCGCCAGUACACUGAAGCUAUAUCCGUUGGGGAGAAGCUGUACCAGUUUAUAGAGCCUUUUGAGGAGAAGUUUGCCCAGGCUGUGUGCUUCUUGCUUGUAGACUUGUAUCUGCUAACUUACCAAGCUGAGAAAGCCUUGCAUCUGCUUGCUGUUCUGGAAAAAAUGAUUUCACAGGGCAACAAUAACAGCAAGAAUGGAAAAAAUGAG